AUGGACUCCCAGAACAGGGCGCAGGACAUCGCCGCUUCCAUCCUCUCCGCCUCCGCCCCGCCCCAGAUCGACGCCGCCUGCUCCGCCGUGAAUGCCUUCCUUCGCCGCCACGCCUCCGACCAGAGUCGUGCCUUCUUCUCCAUUGCCUUCCCCUCCCUCAUCUGCCGCCUCUUCGGCUUCGACGACGUCCCUCCACCUUCCUCCGUUGCUGCCGCCCAACCCACCCGCCCUGCUUCCACUGCCUGGAUCGACCAGGCUGCGGCCGAUCUUACUCUCUCUAGACACCUCUUCUCACUUCUCUCUCCCGACGGCGUGUUGUUCUCCUCCAUCUCCUCGAUUGACCAACAAAAACUUGUCCGGUACGUGUUCCCCCUCGAGCGGUUGCCGGAGUGGAUUCGGUUUGUCCUUCAGACCGAUCGACCGUGCUCCGAAAUCUGUGAUCUAUGCCCACUUCUCAGUGGUAGAGUUAAGGAGGGCCCAGUCCAUGGUUCUCCGUACCAUAUUGAGCUCAAUGCUUUUGAGUAUUAUUUAUUUUGGUUUGCCUACUACCCUGUUUGUAGAGGUAACAGUGAGAACUCUAGCCCCGAUGUGAUUCAGAAGAGCCGGACGUUCAGGUUGGAGAAUUGGACCUCGUCGCUUUCCGUUCUAUCUGGUGCUACUAGGAGACCUUGCCAGAAGUCGGGUGGUAAUUUGUAUCUCCAGCUUCUCUAUGCGUAUCUUAGAGCCUUCGUGCCAAAAGAUCAGCCAGAUUCCAGCCAGCCCUAUCGCAGUUCUCUACUUCACUAUUCUUUUAGCCAUGAUGACACCACUUUACUGCAGGCUGAAUUUAUGGUUGAUACUUUUGUCCACUUUUGGAUGCUUGAUAAUGAUUUUUCACCCCUCCGAUUGAAGUUCUGCCGCUCUUUUGGUUUGACCUUUCCAUUCAGGGCACUGCUAAGGGGAACUCCUCCUACCCCUGCACUAGGAGAUGCGUUGAAGUUGAUUGUGAAGUAUUUGAACUACAAUCCAACUGAUGCUGGUGGAGGGAACGAGAACAGUGCAUCUGGUGAAAGUCCUAUCCUAAAGAGAUCGCAGAAUGUUGUUAACUCAAACAAUAUGAUGCUUUAUUGCAAGAAUUCUGUUGUUUCUUGGAAUGAAAUGAUACAGAGACCUUUAUAUAGGUUUAUACUGAGGAGUUUUCUUUUUUUUUUCCAAUUGGGUCUUUCAUAA